UAUUUGGAAAUCAAGUUGCUGGUCUAUCAUCAUGCGGAAAAACUGUCCAGGUUUGGAAUCUUGACACAAAAGAUGGGGCAGUCCGAUGGUUCCAACCUCUCAACUAAUGGCGUUUUGGAUUCUAUCACCAGUAUUACUUUUCGAUCAGAAUCAGAUACCCAGAUGACAGUCACCAGCUCAUCACAAGGCCACUUGGUCAUCUGGAAUGUUAAUGAGGGCAGCCAAUGACUUCACAUCAUACGGAAAGCACAUGAUUCCGGCAGAU